AUGGUCAAGAGCUCCACCAAAGCUAAACUUCCUACCCCCUACUCGAAGGCAAAAGACACAUCAAAACGCAGCCACUCUAGUCAAGACGACGCUAGUUCCUCAUCAUCCCAACAAGCACACCAUGGAUCGGCCCAAGGUUCGGAGUCCCACCACUCAUCUUCAUCACACGUCUUCAGUUCCCGCUCCUCGCACUCGCGUGAGGAGGCAGUUACUCGCUUCAUGAAAGAGGAGAGGGAUUACAAGUCUCAUGCCGUGAAGGAGUAUGAUGCAUAUCAGGCCGCGGCGAAGUUGAGACAUAAAGAGGCGCUGAAGGAGGUUGUGCAGAGAGCUUGCUGA